AUGGCCUCCCAAGCCCUCCUCACCCCCUCCCCUUUACUCAAACCACUCGUCACCCUCGCAGGCUGGACCUUCGUCAUGGAACUCUGGAUGUACGCGACUCGAAUCCCCGCCAUUUCCAACUACAAACUCUCCACGGACCCGGCGAAAAUCAGCGAGGAGUUGCAGACCAAGAUUCCUAUUCAUAUUCGACAGGUGGCAGAUAAUUACAACCAUCUCCACGAACAACCCACCGUCUUCUACGCCGUAACUCUCGCUCUCGCCAUUCUCGGCGAUAAUCAUCCUUAUACUCUCCAAGCGGCGUGGACGUAUGUAGGGCUGAGAAUUGUGCAUUCGGUAUUCCAGUCGUUGGUGAAUAAGGUCAUGGUUCGCUUCCAGCUGUUUUUCAGUAGCUCGAUUGUGGUUGGGGGGUUGACUGCUCGUCUUGCGACGUUGGUGUAUUGA